GAGUAGGGCAGCGGGGGAGCGCUUGCGCUGGGUUGAUCUGUGAGGAGGCAUCGCGCUCCCCGCCUGAUCCCGCCCCCCGCGGGGGCCUGAAGCGUCGGUUAUGAGUCAGAUGUAAAAAUUUCCCCAAACUGUCAUGGAAUGACGCUUCGGCGCGGCUCUUCAGUUAGUGCGACUCGGCGGGGAGCAGCAGACGGAGUCGUCUCUCUCCCCUCUUUCUGCGCAGCCGGGGAGUGGGGAAGAGAAGAGACGCGCCGCAACUCCUGAGGAGCGGACGGCACCACACAGCCACUGAACCCCCAGACGCUUUCUGUGGAGGUCGGCCCGGAAAUGAGCAGUAGCAGCAGCAAGUCCCCCCCUCCCAUGCUGCUCUUGUUAUUAUUAUCCGCCUCAUCCGCGACGAGGUGCAGCGGAUGAGCCCCCCGCCAGCUGGGGGUGGCGGAGUCUUCCUUGGCUCUUCAGCCGCAAUGCUUGGGAUGGGGUUGUGGGAGAGGAAGAGGCAGCAGCCGUUGUCGACGUUACGGGGGGUUGGCCACUCGCUACACCGGCGAGUCCUGGAGCCGCGAAGACCCUGGGACAGGCUGCAGUUGCCCGCUGCCUGAACGAGGGAGCCAACCAGAGAGAGAGAGAGAGAGAGAGAAGACGAAAGGGAGAGGCUAGGAAAGCGAGAGACCGGCUCUGGGCAACAUGGACGAGCGGCUGAGCCGGUGGCUGCUGUUGCCGCCGCUCCUGGCACUGCUCUUUCUCUUCAUGCUCUACCAGGACGCCUCGCCCGGCGGGGGCUGCCCCAACGCGCCUGCUGCCGCUCCCCCUCCCGCCACAGCUGCCGUCUCCCCCUGCGGUCGUCCCAGUGGCGACUUCUCCUCGGCCCCUUUCCUGCGCGGGGCGUCCUUGGCCAGUCGGAGGCGGCAGCAGCAGCAGCACCUGCACCGAGAGCUCCAGGAGGCGUCCCCAGGGCUCGUGCUCCACCUGGCCAGCGCCUCGAGGCACAAGUUCCUCUUCGGGCUCUCGGAGCUAUGCCGCCGCGUGCACUUCGACAUGCGCGGCCGAGACGUGAUGGUUUUCCUGCACAUCCAGAAAACGGGCGGCACUACCUUCGGGAGGCACCUGGUGCGCAACAUCCGCCUGGAGCAGCCUUGCUUCUGCCGCGCGGGCCAGAAGAAAUGCACCUGCCACCGGCCAGGAGCAGCGCCGGGCAGUGGCGCCGCGGCUGCGGGUGGAGGAGACAAGGGCGACACGUGGCUCUUCUCGCGCUUCUCCACCGGCUGGAGCUGCGGGCUGCAUGCGGACUGGACCGAGCUCACCAGCUGCGUGCCAGCUGCUAUGGAGCGCCGGGAGGGCUGCCCCGCCAACCGCACGCUCAGGAACUUUUAUUACAUCACAAUGCUGAGGGACCCUGUGUCACGUUACUUGAGUGAGUGGAAGCAUGUCCAAAGAGGUGCAACAUGGAAAACUUCCCUCCACAUGUGUGAUGGAAGGAGCCCCACACCGGAGGAAUUACCUAUGUGUUACCUAGGAGAUGACUGGUCUGGGGUCAGCUUACAGGAGUUUAUGAAUUGUGACCAUAACCUGGCUAACAAUCGCCAGGUGCGCAUGCUGGCAGACCUUAGCUUGGUUGGAUGUUACAAUUUGACCUCUAUGAAUGAAAGUGAAAGAAAUAUAAUCCUUCUCCAAAGUGCCAAGAACAAUCUGAAAAACAUGGCUUUCUUUGGACUCACAGAAUUUCAGAGAAAAACUCAGUAUCUCUUUGAGAGGACAUUUAACCUGGAGUUCAUCUCCCCAUUCACUCAGUACAAUAUCACACGAGCCUCUAAUGUGGAUAUUAACGAGUCGGUGAGGAAGCGCAUAGAAGAGCUGAACUUUCUGGAUAUGCAGCUAUAUGAAUAUGCUAAAGACCUCUUUCUGCAGCGCUUUCAGUAUGCUAAGCAAGAAGAGCAUGAACAAAAUCGCCAGAAACGACGGGAGGAGCGAAAAAUAUUGCGUGAGCAGAAGAUUCGUGAGUGGCAGGAAGAGGAAGAAAUAGGUGUUACAGAGGAUUAUAACAGUCAAGUGGAACGGUGGUGAAUUGCCGUCACACGCGCUUGUAUAUAUACACAGACAUUGCUACUUUGUUGAACUUAAUUAUUCAGUGGUGAAUUGAUAUAUGGAGCUUGUAUUGAUCUGAUAAACAAGACAGAAUCUCUUAGCCACCCUUCAGUUUUAGGUUUUUAUAGAUUUUGUCACUUAAGAGAACAAUAUUUUGUGUUAUUCAGUACACCUUAAUCAGUGUUAUUCAAUUGGCUGUUUAAUAGUUGAUUAUUCAAAACAAGCCACCUUUAAUGGGACCAUCCUACAAUGCAUUGUUCUUGUUUUGGUGUUGAUAGCUUUCCCUGCAACAGUAUGCACAGCUGAAACCUGGAAAGAUAGUAGAAAUUAAGAAUCAUGCCACAGUGUGAGUUUCACUUAUAUAUAUAUAUAUAUAGUGAUUUUCUAAGGUUGAUCAUGUUGUCAUUUGUAAGUCGUACUAUGUAUGUUUGUGGUGAAUGUAACAGAGAAAAAUGUGCUGCCCUUCCAUUAUUUACAGGCAGUAUCCUAUGUAAGGGAAGAAUUCAAAAGUCUAAUUGCAUUUGGCGUGCCCUAAUAAGGGGCUAGUGUUAUUGGAGAAAUGGAGUUUGCAGUUAGCCUUAAUCCUGUUCAUGCACUUUGUCAAAUUCAGCCACACAGACUAACAAAAUAACUAGCCUACUUUUUAAAAAGUCCUAUAGGCAGCAUGGAGAUUUUGAAAGCACAGAACUCAGGGCAACAGGCUUGGUUGUCUUGCUAAUCUUGAGGUGAUUCCAUAGUUGGAGAUAAUAAAAGAUUAAUUCAGAGGAUAGGAUAAUAAAUUGGUAUAAAAAUGCUUUUCAUGAAGCUUCUGUGACACAUCGUUCCCUUCCAUAGAAGCUGUUGAAAGCAUGUAUGCCAUAAUGCAGGCAAGUCCAGUACUGGAUUUAGGCACAAGUUAAGGAAUCUAUAGCUUAGGAACUCACAUGAGAGGCUUCUGAAUUAACAAAUAAUCUCAACUUUUACAUAACUGGCUGAAAAAUAAAGGAGAGGCCUCUGAAUUAACAAAUAAUCUCAACUUUUACAUAAUUGGCUGAAAAAUAAAGGAGAAAGGGAAAAAGACUCUAGAACAGACAUUAUUCUGAUGAGACAAUCAUAUCUGGCUACACAAUUAUUUAUCCUCUUGAGUUUAUAAAUCUGUGCAGAAAUAACUGUAAAUUGUAUCAAAAUUUCAUUAGACUACAGCUUAGUUUUUCAAAUGUCUGAUCCUGGAUCCAAAAUUCUCAGAUACUCAGAUUCUGUGUUCCAGAGAUCAGUUUUGAUCUUUGCCAAGUAUAUAUGUAAACAUAAAGCUUUAUUAUUUCUG